CGCACUUCAUUCUGUGGCUGCUGUACACGUUCGGAGUGCGAUUUCCCGUUUCUUCUGCUCGAUAGCUUUUGCACGGAUUUAAUACGUUUUACGUUUGUCUUCGUGAAUAACGCGAUUUACAGAAAUAUGGGAUUGGCAUCCGGCAAACUCACUUUACAUCAUGUUGAGGACAAACACAAACCAGAGACGAACGAUGCAGCGCCUCACAAAACUGUGGAAACCCCGGAAACUGCGUCCCAGCUGGUCAACGGGGAUGCCAGUGUAAUGAGCAACGUUCCUGCCAUAGAUGAUGAGCAACCAGAGAAACCCGUCGGGGAAGCUCGAACAGAAGUUAUUCAAACUGUCGAUGAGGUUCCAGGACCAAACGGAACCGUGCACGCUGGUCAUGAGGGUGCGGAGACUCACGAAACGGAAAAAAGAAAAUCCAAGGAUCCUCUGGGUUGGAUCAAAAGACGACUUUCAAAGAAAAGCAGCACCACUAAACCGGAGUCGGCGGAGCUGGAACACCCCAUCGCUGGUGAACAGGGCGACAGUCCGAAAGCCGAUGAGACCACAGAAACCCCUUCCAUCCCGGAAGCGCAUGUUACGGAGACAGCUGAAUCACUUGUAAACGAGGUAAUUUCAUCUGCAGUGGCUGCAGAACAAGAACAAGAAGUUGACACAACUCCUCCGUCUGCUGUUGCAGAAGAACUUCAGAUGUCGACCAAGCAUGAAACAACGCAUGCGGAACCGACCGACGUGGUGGAGGAAACGGAACCUGCAACCUCUCCGGUUGAGCCAGAGCCCACACCAAUGGCAGAAGAUGAACCGGCUUGUGAAGAACAUCACGAUCAAGUGCAAGAAGAACAAGAAGUUCCCGUUACUGAGACAAACAAUACAAAUGUGACAGGGGACGAGGCUUACGAUGACACCAACAUUGCCCAUGAUAGCACAGACCUCCCCGAACCGAUAUUUUCGAAACUCGCUGACUUGGACUUGACCAACGGACACCCAGAGCAGCACCUUUCUAGUGAAAACGGGCACGAGGCAGAACCUACCGAGGCGAGCAACAGAACUGGACCACCAUCACACACACACACACACACACACAAGCUCUCUUAUCUGUUCACAUUCGAUUCCAGAACCCAGUGUGCACAUAUAAAUUACCUAACAUCCAAACUUCUGAGUCCAUCCAUUGGUACUGCCCUGUUCCCGAACAACCAUUUCGCUUCAUCUGGUGCAUCUCGUCCGCGCUUCUCCGUGCUCUCUCUCUCUCUAUCUCUACUUGUAAAUCAUUCCUCCUUUUCUGCUGCAUCCUCACGUUGCAGUUCACCCGGCUCUUCUCGAUGCCAUUCCUUCUCUCUCUCUGUGUGUGUGUGUGAAGUCCUACGCCAUGUCUCUUUAAUACUGGGCCCUGCAACCGCAACAAAUUUUCAUCUGUCCCUCCCUUCUGGUCUGUCUCCACUUCCAAUGAGCGUAUGCGCUUUGACCCAUUUUAUUCGUGUGUUCUAUAGAAUGGUUGGUGCGUUUGUCCGCAAAGUCCGUAUCUGUUUUGUACCCUUGUCCACCGAUAUUUCGUUUCUACCCCCGUCCGGCUGAGAGCGCUUCCUUUCAUCCUGCCAGCAAGUGGCCAUUAUGACUGCCUCGAUGAUCACAGACAGUAAUUUUUAGUCGUUUUUGGUUUUCAAUUUUUUGUAUACGAGCGCAAAAAACAACAAACGCGUAUUUGAUGAUUAUGUGCAUUGUUCAUUAAAAAAACCAAUCAAUCAAUCAGACAACAGCGUAUCUUUGUCCUAUUUCCGUCUGUGGGGUCGAUGCUGAGUCUUCUUGUGGCUAAUCUGACCUAUCAAAUCGUAUAAUGGAGAUUGAAACUCCUUUUCGUUGAGUUGAGCAUCUUGCGUUUUCGCGGGGGAGAGAUUUUUGAUUACCGGUAAAGGUGUGUCUGUACGUCCAAUACGUAAACAUUUGGCGUUUUUUGUUAAGUCUGACCAAAACUUUUGAAAUACACUGCUGAAAUACACUUCUGAAAUACACUGAAG